AUGUACAGAGGACUUCCGAGUGGUAACAAGUUAUUGACCAAGAAAUGGCAGGAUAAAGAGAGAAGAAUCCAUAUGGAAAAGCUAAGGAAAGUUAAACCAACUAUUAACCUCAAAAAACCCAAAGCUUUUAAACACCUUAAGUCAAGGGCCAAGAAAGAGCAAAUGCUCGAAGACAGGUAUACUGAGAUAGAAAGAGAAAACCGUAUUCUGCUUGAGAAAAUGACUAGUAUCAUGCAGAAACCUAACAGGACUUCAACUUCUUUUAGCCAGGAUCGGUUUGCUAAUUAUCCAGCAUUCCAAACGAAGAAGAGCUUGAAUCGGCAGCAGAGAAAGCAGGAGCUGCUUAAAAUUACCCUUGAGAAUCAGGCUAUUUUAAGAAGACUUCAAGACAAGAACUCUAAUUAUAAUGUAGCUAAGUGGGAGCAUGAGCACAAGAUGAGAAAGGAUUUACUCAAGAACAUGAGCGAAUAUCCUGAUGAUUAUGAUAAAAAAUCAAGAAAAAGACUUUAUAACCGUUCUGAAGCAGCUGGCACUGCUUAUCGCCCAAGGUCUUUAGGGCCAAGACAGACUUGGAGGAAUAAGAAUCAUACUGCCAAGACCGCACCGAUAGUGAAGCAAGCCGAGGCUCUUGAUGAGAACAGACUGGUUCAUUAUAAGAAGGGAAAGCAGUUAGGAAGCGGAUAUUACAUAGUAGAAAUUUCUAGCAGCAGUAGUAACCUCUUUAUCGCUGCAUAUGAUGUUGAAAGUACAGAGAGCUUCUUAAUCACUCUGCCUGAUAAGAGAGCUAAUGAGCUCAUGGUAGAAUUUGAAAAUAACUAUGAACUAAUGGCCUCAAGUCUACAAGUGAUGAACAAGAGAUUAUACUUACUUAAUCCUAAAUACCUCGCUGAUCAGAGAGCUGGAGGUGCAGCUCCGGCUGACGGCGAAGAACUUGGAGAAACAGCUCCUCAAAAUGAAGAAGAUCAACAAUUAAUGCAAGAUGAUGAUCACGAAGAGCACGAAGAGCACGAAGAGCACGAAGGUGACGAUCAGCAGGAUGAAGACCAUCACGAAGAACAGGAAGAUGAAGAUGAAGCGCAUGGGGAAAAUCUAGAAGAAGAGAAAAAUGAAUAA